AUGAAGUUCACCACCAGCAUCGCGGCCCUCCUCUGUGCCGUCUCGGCUACCGCUAUGGCGGUAAGGGAAUACAGCGACUACCCUGUCCUUCCCAGCUCCAUGACGGUGUCCGAGGCAGCAGCCAAGUGCGGUAACCAGGCUCAGCUCUCUUGCUGCAACAAGGCCAUCCGCUCCGGCGACACCACCGACAUCGACGAAGGUAUCGCUGCGGGUCUGCUGAAGAAUGUUAUCGGCGGUGGUUCUGGCAACCAGGGCGUGGAGCUUUUCGACCAAUGCUCCAAGCUCGAUGCUCAAGUUGCUGUUCUUGGAAUUCCCAUUCAGGAUCUGCUGAACCAGCAAUGCAAGCAGAAUGUGGCCUGCUGCCAGUCGAGCGGAGCCGAUGCAAGCGACGACCUUGUUGGGCUCGGCCUUCCCUGUAUCGCACUGGGAUCUGUGCUGUAG